AUGAACAGAAAUAUCAUUUCAUUGGUUGUUCUGACAGUUACUUUGGUGGCUGUCUGUAGUGCAGCGGCUACCACUCAUGCCAAUUGGCUCAAUGAGGAGGUCACCCGUAGCAUCGACCUCACCUCACAGCUUGCCAAGCAGACCGUCGACAUCAAAGCCAAAAAUACAGCAUCAACUGCUGCCUCCUCAUAUACAUUUGCUCUCCAUUCAUCAACUGAGCAUGCAAGUCUUCAAGCAUUCAUAGAUGGUGACAGCCAACAACUUGAAAUCAUCAAAUCUUCCGCCAAAACACACAACCAACAAACAUAUAAUUUAUAUGAUGUUCAAUUAAGAAAAACAGUUGGAGCUGGAUCAAUUGUUGGUAUGGGACAACAACACCCAUAUCCAACACAUGUCGGUCAGAUUUCGAAUCAAUUGGUGACUUUCAAGGAGAACACCUAUUUCAGUUCACCAUACGAUACAGUCAGCCAAAAGACAACAUUGAAGUUGGCCAGCUCCAAGAUUGAGAAUCACUCGACUCUCACACCAUCGAUCGUCAAGGGCAGCAGCAUCGUCUACGGUCCAUACAAGGACAUCGCUCCACUCAGCUACCACCAGUUGUCCGUGCACUUUGAGAACAACUCACCGUUCGUCAUGUUGAACUCGCUCACCAAGGAGUACGAGGUAUCGCACUGGGGUAACGUCGCCGUCGAAACCAACUACGCCGUCGAGCAUCGUGGUGCCGCUCUCAAGGGAUCGUUCUCACGUUUCGACUACCAACGUCAGCAACACGCAUCACCCGCUCACGUCGCCGAGAUUGUCGAGCGUGUUCCACUUGGUGCCGCCGAUUUCUACUACCGUGACUACAUCGGAAACAUCUCGACCUCGCAGUACUUCCACCAUGCCGACCGUCUCGACUUUAAGAUCACUCCACGUUUCCCAUUGUUUGGUGGUUGGAAGAACGAGUUCUACACCGGUUACAAUUUGCCAUCGUCGAGCGUCUUGUUUGUCGACGACAAGUCCGGUCGUUACGUUUUGAACGCCACCUUUGGUGUUGGUAUCGCCGAUAUCUACGCUGUUCACCACCAGCUCAUCGUUGUGCUCCCCGAGGGUGCAUCGGACAUCCAAGUCUCCGCACCAUUCCAAUUCACACGUGAAGAUUCCUUGCGUAAGACAUUCCUCGACACUGUCGGACGUCCAGUAAUCGUUUUGCGUCGUGACUGGACAUCGAUCGAACAAACUCAGACCCUUCAAAUCUCCUACUCGAUGGCUGCAUUCUCGAUUCUCCACGAGCCACUCUUGGCAAUCGGCGCCGUCUUCACCCUCUGCGUUAUGUUCAUGGUUGGUUCGCGUCUCGACUUCUCGUUGAUCCGUAAGGGACCAAAGAUCGCACGUGCUCCAGAGGUUGACAAACUCGCCCAACAAUUCUUCGCUCUCUUUGAGUCGCGUCUCCAGUACCACAUCGAGAUCGAGCAGGCCCUCCAGGAUCUCUCGCGUUCCGGAUCGAGCACCGCCUACCAAACCUCGAAGCAGGCCAUCGAAUCGAGAUACAAGGAUGCCGCCGCUAUCAACAAGCUCAUCCAAUCGAUCUCCACCAUCGAUCCAGUGUUCUCUGCUCGUCUCAAGGACUUGAGUGAUCAAGACACCCAAAUCACCCAAAUCCAAAGUCAAAUCGCCGAUCUCGAGAAACAAAAGUCAUCAAAAUCGAAAUACAUGACCACCUACAGAAAGUCAUACGAUGAUGCUACCUACAGUUUAGAUCAAAUCUUUAAUUAA